UGUGUCUUCUGGGGUGAGAUAUAAAAGUGGGGUCUCAGCUGUUUUAUUGUAACGGACAAGCAGAGUGUCACAGAGUACUUCUUAUGCACAUCUCCACCGGACUUAAUGGACAAAACGGCAUGAACGUUACACAUGUUAGUUGUUGUGCUCCACAUUUGUUGCCUAUGGGUUUUACCUAUGGAAAUAAACCCGUUAAUAUAUAUUUUUAAGUAAGGGAAUCUAGUAACAGGGUUACGCAACAGAAAAUAAUUUAAAUAGCAGCCUUCCUGUAAAAAAAAAAAAAAAAAAACACUAUGAUGUCAUCCCUGCAUGAUACCUGUAUGUGGGACGCAGCCUGUAAGUCCCCCACCCCCCGUGUAUUUGCUGGUGCCAUGAUACCUGGCUGACCCAAGGACGCAGCUCCUCGCGCAUCCUUCUCUCUAACACUGCAGUAUGAUGCGAGGAGAUGCUGGCGCGCGGACACAGAAACAUGGCGCUGCUCUUAGAGCUACAGAAUUUACAGUAGCAGGGGCUCAGCAUGCGAAUAGCUCCUUCCCAGUGUCUCAUUUCCAGUAAUAAACAGGAAAGGAGAAUAAUAAACUCCUCCAACCCCCACAAACAAUCAGGCCUGUCAGACAGAAAACAAAACCUCUUAGUGUUACUCAUGCAAUCCUCAAGUUAAGGGAGAGUGAAUCUGAAGAUACCCGAGUCUUCUGUCGGACUGCUGCAGUACACUUUUGCAUGUAUUUAUACCCCAAGGAUGUGCUAAACUAAAAACCUGUCUGUAGACUGUUCAGCUACAUGAUGUUUAUAGCUCUGAAGUAUUCUUAAUUGACUUGGAAUCGGAUUCUGCACCCGAAACUCAUUGAAGCAGCUGUCUGACUCGCAUUUGGGGGAACAAAAAUGGAGGAGGGGUUGCAUCAAGCUGAGUUCAUUAAGCUUUCUUCAGCUGGCUAAAAGAAAUGCAACAUCUGGAGCUGUGAAUUCCCUUUUUGUAUUUUUUUUUCAUUUUUUCCUUCCUCUUCUUUACGUUUUUUGUUUUCUUGUUAAUAGAAAAAAUCUUCUUGGAGCUUUGCGCUGAGAAUGAUUGCAAGGGUGCUUGCAAUGGUCAUGUCUUCUUCGUUUUUCAAUCCCAGCUUUGCAUUUAGCUCUCACUUUGAUCCCGACGGUGCACCUCUUAGUGAACUUUCUUGGGGCUCCUCUCUUGCUGUGGUGGCAGUUUCUUUCUCUGGGCUUUUCACAUUCAUUUUCCUGAUGUUGGCUUGCCUGUGCUGCAAGAAGGGAGAUAUUGGCUUUAAGAUUUCAUCUUUGGCCUCGGGAGAACUGGCAGAUGCAGAAAUCUGUGCUUCUAAGAUGCGAUCAGACUGUUGUGCAGAAGAAGAUGAUGACAAACCAGCCACCAGUACAGGAGAAAUGUUGGCACUCGAGCACAAGGAGUUUGAGAAUGCUGAAGGUGAAGAAUAUACAACAGAGCUGUCCACCCAGGGAUCUCCAAACUCACAGAAUGGACCAGAAGUUUAUAUUCUUCCACUUACAGAGGUUUCACUUCCUGUGUCCAAGCAGCCAGGAAGAGCAGUGCAGCUGCUUAAACCUACGGAUCUGGGACGUCAUAGCCUCCUGUACCUGAAAGAGAUUGGACAAGGAUGGUUUGGAAAGCUGUUGCUUGGCGAGGUCAGCUCUGGCCUGAGCUCGACCCAGGUGGUUGUGAAGGAGCUGAAAGCAAGUACCAGCGUGCAGGACCAGUUGCAGUUUCUGGAAGAGGUGCAUCCAUACAGAACACUCCAGCAUCCAAACCUGCUCCAGUGUCUGGCACAGUGUACAGAAGUCACUCCCCACCUACUCAUCAUGGAGUUCUGUCCACUGGGCGAUUUAAAAGGUUACCUGAGAAGUUGUGUAGCAGCGGAUUCCAUGGCACCUGACCCUAUAACUUUGCAACGAAUGGCUUGUGAGAUUGCAGCUGGGAUUUUGCAUCUUCAUAAACAUAACUUCAUCCACAGCGACCUGGCUUUACGAAACUGCUUACUCACUGCUGAUCUGACAGUAAAAAUCGGGGAUUACGGGUUGUCUCACAGCAAGUACAAGGAUGAUUACUUCAUAACUGCUGACCAGCUGUGGGUCGCUCUGCGCUGGAUCGCACCUGAACUUGUUGAUGACGUGCAUGGCAACCUUCUGGUUGUGAACCAGACAAAGUCCAGUAAUAUAUGGUCCUUAGGGGUCACUAUUUGGGAGCUGUUUGAGUUUGGUAACCAGCCAUACCACCAGUACUCUGACAGGCAGGUCCUUAACUAUGCCAUCAAGGAACAACAGUUGAAGCUUCCCAAACCACAGCUACAGUUGCCCCUAUCAGAACGCUGGUAUGAGGUUAUGCAGUUUUGCUGGCUGCAGCCUGAACAGAGACCCACAGCUGAUGAAGUCCACCUGCUCCUCACCUACCUGUGCGUUAAGGGAACCACUGAAGCAGAGGAAGAGUUUGAGAAGCGCUGGAACUCUAUGAAACCUAAUAGUAACCCUGGUGCAGCCCACACUUCUGAGGUUUCUUCCUACCCACUCCUCGAGCAGUUUUCAUGUGACAGUUUCCAUUCUGAUGGAGAUGACAUAUUAACAGUCACAGAAACAAGCCAGGGUCUCAACUUUGAGUACAAAUGGGAUCACAGUAAAUCAGAGCAUUUUGCAGCAUCCUCAGGGGCUUUGAGCCAAGGUAGUGAUCAGUAUCGAGACAUAUACUUUUCAUCUAGCUCUACAGGGAAGUUAAGUCUUGGUGUUUCCCCAUCCUAUUAUGACUGCAAACAGGAUUCGCAGAGUCUACAAACCCCAGGAGUUGUGCCCGUUUAUUGUGGUCCUAGUCCAUCAGUAAACAGUGAGUAUUAUAUCCGUAUUGAGGAACCCAGUGAGGGAAAUGCUGAUCUGGAUUUUACCAUGUGCUCCUACAGCCCAGAGUAUGACAGGAGCUCUCCAAAUGAAUCAUCCUGUUGGCAUGAGGAUGCGAAAAAAGCCAACAUGUAUGAUUCUGAUAACAGCCCAACUAUAUCAUUAACCAUGGAACCUCUUCUAGGUGACUUUCCCUCCUCCAAUAUAGAUGCUUGGAAAACUAGUCAAUACACUGAUUUCAAAUGCAAAACUGAAGAUCAAGACUGUUACCAACAGUCCCCUGUGGAUGGUGCUAGCCAACAUUUAUUAGAUGAAUUAUCUGAGGAGAGUGAAGAAUGGAUCAUAUCAGGUCUCAAAAAAAUGACCUCUUUUGAGGAGUCACUUGGAGUUUCUCCAUCAGUAAUAUCUGCACACAGAAAUCAUGAUGAAGAACUUGAAAACACUAAGGAUGAUCUUGAUCUUGAACACAAUAUACUGACUGCGCACUCUGUAGAACAAAAGCUGCUAAAAACUACCACCGAGGGCCUAAAAAAUAAACAGAGGAAUGAAAGUGAAGAACUCUGCCAUUCUGUGACUGUAGAUAUUGGUGCCGAGGAUGCAUCUGAGAAUUCUCUGCAAAGAAAGGGAGACACUGAAUCUCACCUUUCUUGUGUAGAGACAGGAAUGCAGGUGCAAAGCAAAUAUUGGACCUCUAAUAGCUCGUCAAACAAUAACAUCAUUAGCUGUGCCACAUGGUCAAGUGACCCGUCAAGUAGUAAUAUGUGGUGCUAUAAAAAUACAAAGAUAGGGAGUUUCAGUGGAUAUUGUCCAGAGUCUCUGGAGUCAGCACCUUGGCCACAUACGGAGAUAGGUAGCUUAGCCACAGUUCUGGAGAAGAAUUCUAUAGUAAAUGAUCUUACAUUAUCAAAGUACCAGGCUUCUGAUGAUAAAAAUGUGCAGCUCUAUCAGAAUGACAGUAGCUUUUUCUUCAAUAAAGAACAUUAUUUAUAUCCAGAUGCAGAGGGUUUAGGUUCAUCUAAUCUGAGAUACAGUGUUGAGAAGGAUAGCAUAGUGCAUACAGAGGCCGUCAACAGAUUCCAUAUCUCUAAGAGCUUAGAGUUUGUGGAGCCUCUUACUGGAGCUGUGGUCCAGAAUACACAGUAUGUGAAACCCAAACAGGCCUGGACUACAACAGAGAAGGAAGAAUCUGAACACAAUACCCCAGCAGUAUGUAAUAAAGACGAUAUUCAGUUAGAAAUGCAGAUGGAAGGGGCAUGUAAUGCUACCCAUGUUUCAGAUUCUACUAGGGUUAAUAAUCUCAGUCACUUUGAUCCUGAAAAAGGUACUAAUCUAUAUAGUGAGACAAUAGGGGUUACAGAAAGUGGGCAAAAAUGGGAAUCAUCUGACUCUGUGACGGAUGAUUUUUCCUAUGACCACAGGUACAUCGAUCCAGGCAAGUCUUCUGAAGUUGAUACUACCAGUCCUUGUGAGCUUUCUGCACAAGGAGACGUUAGUGUUAUAGCUGAAUUUGAUGGGAAAUCAGAUAAGACCCUCUCCAGUGUAAGCCUAAUAGAAACUGAUGAUUGUAGUGAUGAAGAUAUUACUGACAUCACAUCUGGAGUUUUUGUUGACUUCCCCAGUGAUUACAAUGAAAGGAGUGACGUAACCCCAUCUUUCAAGUCAUUGCAAAAACAAGUAGGAACACCUGAUUCUCUGGACUCCCUUGAUAUUCCAUCUACAGCAAGUUCUUGUGAUGUUUUCAUCCCUGCAGGAUAUAAUUCUUCCAGUCAACCGAAAGCACUGGAUAGUGGGUAUGAUACCGAAAACUAUGAAUCACCAGAAUUUGUCUUAAAAGAACCACAUGAUGCACGAGAGUCUGAUAAAAUGAAUGACAUAAGUGCACCUAGCAGCCUUUUGGUGGCUGAAGAAAGCGUCCUUGGCAGUACAGUGCAGAUAAGUUCACCUCAAAGUACGGAACAUCAUGACCUGAGCCAAAAGAAUCCUUACAGAGACUCUGCCUAUUUUUCAGACUAUGAUGCAGAAACUGAUCGUUUUUCGAAAGAUGAUCUGGAAAAUGACCUUUUACUAUUUCAAGCAGCUUGUGGAAUAAAGCCACCUGAGAUGCCUGAUCUGCAACAAACCUGUAUGCUUCCAGAAAAGUCUAGUGUCAUUGCAGAAGGACCACCCACAGAAUGUGAGCCCUCACUGGUAUUUUCUACUGCAUUAGUUAAUACAGAAAGCAAGCAAGGUCUGCUUGAUGAAACCAGUGAUCAGCAGGUUUCUACACUGGAUGUUCAAGUCUCACUCAUACAGGGAGUACAUGUAGCAACAGAGGAGAUCACUCCAACUCCUUUAUUAGCUGAAAAGUUAUUGAAUAAAAGUGUGGAACUGGAAAGUAUUGCCAUUUCUUUAAAGAGCUCUCAGGAUUUAGUGGAAGACCAGUGUGUGGAAUAUUCAUCAAUGUCUAGUUUUCCUGAACCCAUGGACAGUAUAAAUCAGACUAAGCUGUGUUUGUCUGUUGUACAAGAAUCUAAAAUGGAAGAUGUGGACAGUACCUCACAGACCCUGUUAGAUCGUACAAGACUACCUGACAGCAAAACUGAUGAGGUAGUCUUGUUUCAACUUACUGAAUGUGUUGAAAGCAGGGAAUGUGUUGAAAGCAAAGACCAGGGAGUGGCUCUAUCUGAGAAUUCUCAGAAUGAUAUCCAGCAGUUAUCUACAGGAAAUGAUGAAAGUUCUGGAAAUGUCCACAUCUUUAAACCUCAGGCUGUACAACUGUCAUUACCUCUGCAAUUAAAAAACUUAAAAAAGGAAGGCAGGUACCCAGUUACAGAUGGAGGUGGGGGGGAUGAUGCAGAUGAGGAAGAUGAGGAUUCUGAUGACAGUGAUGAUUCUGAUGAAGAACUUUGCUGCUACAAUAUUCAGGAGCAGAGUGAGGAGAGCGAGGAAGAGGUUCCUGCUAUGCCUAUUGUAAUUAUAGAAACUCCAAAUAAUAAGAACCUUCGAAGCCUUUUAAAAAUGCCCAGCCUUAUGUCACAGUCCUUCAGUGAAGAAUUGGACAGGAAAAAGAAAGCUGUGUCCUUCUUUGAUGAUGUUACAGUUUAUCUAUUUGAUCAGGAAAGUCCAACCAGAGAACUAACUGACCAGGUCUUCCCAGAAGUGGGAGACAAUCCUCCAGGAAAAGAGGCCACCACUCCAACUACUCCAUCAGAACGACAGAACACAUCUGAUGACUCCUCAGAUGGGAACAUCUCUGAAGAAAGUAGUGGUGGGCUGGAGUGGGAGGAUGAUUUCCCCACAGCGGAAAUAAAACCAUCUUUUGUAUCUUCUGAGAAAGGGGCCGUGUUGCCAUCAGAUGUAGAAAGACCUGACAUUCCUCAGCCUGUUGCAGAGCAAAAGAAGCCAGUACCUAUUCAGUAUUCUCGAUUCUCUGUCUCACCUGCACCAGUGUCCCGGUUCUCAAUAACACACGUCUCUGACUCUGAUAUAGAAUCUGUCGGAGGAAGUAGUGAAGAUGGUGAGAGAGAGUAACUUUCAUUUUUCCUGAACUGACCUGCAAACCUUCCUGUGGAUAUAAAAACAGAACAGGAGCCUGUAUUCAAGAUGUUUACUACACUGUUGCAUUUUGCAGACUGGUUGUAAGCAGAUAAGUUGUUUUGGUAGUCUACAAAGUUUAUUUUUGCUGCUAAUGCAGAGACUCUUUGCGAGUCUGCCUUCAACUCAGUGGAGUGCAUGGGGUUUUGCACUGAAGAAGACUCCAGCUAUACCCCAUUCCAGUGAAGUCUGAUAUCUGUUAAACUGCAUUCUGAACUUCGCCUGCCUUCACAAAGAUUCUCAUCUUCAGUGACUAUUAACCUUGUCAGUCUAACAGUUAUAGCAACAGAGUCACAAGCUUGGGAUUUGUAAAAAUAAAUGCUGCAGUGCAAAGUCCCAAUUUCCUUCCAAAACCACACAUCUGAGGAUCUGCAUCCAUCCAGCAGUCAUGCUGAGUUUAACUUGAGAUUCACAGAACACUAAUCAGUUCCUACUGUACCGUUAACAUUUCCAGAAGAAGAGCAAAACAAAUAUUGGUGGUGUAAAGGAAACUGAUGCACAUUGCCUGGGCCUUAACAAUGACAGUUUUUAGGGAUGAUGUGUGAUCCCGCUCUCCAUGACAUCUUUUCUGGUCACUUCUUUGGAUCUUGUUAGUAAUCUGGAUAAAGACUAUGCCUCUUCUGGCAACUCUUUAAUGACAGUGAAACAAUGAAUGCAGUUUAACUAUUUGUAAAGAGCCAGAGAGAGACGUAAGGGCAUUAACAGUACCUUGGAAUAAUAGAUGCAUAUCAUGUGACAUAAGUCUUAUGGAGACUAGCAAACUGCAGCAGACACUAAAGCUUAGAGACAUACUUUCAUAACUUGGUUCAUGUAACUAGCAUUGUCUCUCAUUUUGGAGUUUCCCAGCUCCAAAGAACCAACUUAAUUGUUAAAAGACAAUUUUAAUAUACAGUGUUGUCUAUCCCUAUUGCAUAGAUGAAGCAAUGUAUGCUUUAGCACAUAUUGCCUGAAAUUUUAAUUUAGGGAGCUUGUUUCAGUUCAUGGGCAGCUACUGUAGUCUUAUAAAUUAAUUGUGAUGAUGUUGAAGGAGGCCAAAAGGGAUAGCUCUAUUUUAACUACUGUAUGACAGUGUCUUAGACUUUGCAGUUUGAGUGUAGAAAGCAGGAACUGAAGGGGGAUAAUUUGUGCACAAAAACUGUAACUCCUGCUCCACUCCCACUGCCAAGCAUUUAGACAUAAGUAGCAAUUUACAACAUUUCAUAAGCAGUAUUAAGUGUUUCUCCUUUUCAAGUUAAUAUCUAUAGCAUAGCUAAGCAGUUCAACUGCAUUCUGUACUAUUUUUGUAUAAGUCUAAAAACAUUUAUUGUUAAAUUAACAAAUAAGAAUCUAAGUUAUUGUUGCCAAAGAGAUGUAAAGACUUUAUGUGGCACCUAUCUUUAUUUAGUUUAUAGCUUACAAAAGUAUAGUUAGAAUUGUUAUGUAGAAAGGUAAUGUCAGUAAAGUGCUAACCUGUUUUCUCAUUGUUGAGAAUGCGCCGUAGGCCAAAACCCAGUAAGUCAUGGUACUCUCUCUAGGGAUGGGACUGCAGAGAUAUAGUACUGUUUUUAAUUUAUCUUUCCUUGUAUCCUAAAACACCUUAACCCAUCCUGUCCCAGAGUUAGGUGCCAUACCAUGCAUUAACGUGCCUAGAAAAUAAGGAAGGAAGAGUUUCAGAGACAAAACAAGACAGUCAUUCCUUUUGGAUUGUUUGCAAAAGAUUAUGGCACAGAUUCCCACAACAAACGCCGUGUACUAUAUUAUGUUCCACUGAGUAAUUCAAUAGGAAUAACCACCUAAGACUGUGUGAUUCUUCACCAGGUCAUAUGUAGCUCUGUACCACAAGCUGCACCUACUACUGCUGUAAAACUGAUCACGUUAGCGUCUUGUCAGAUGCCAGUAAAUUUUUGUGAAAAUGGGUACACUGCAGUUCUGGGCAUUACUGUGAAUGCAGAUUUACAGUUUAGAAAGCAGGAAUGAACAAGCCAGGGACCAAGCAUUUCUGUAAUUAAUGAUGCCUGGAUACAAUCUGCUCACUUGGCUGAUUCUCCCUUCUAUAGAGCAGCUAAUGAACUGCAGGACAACGUGCCAGGAUGGUACAGUCUAGGGCAUAUAGGAAAUUAGAAUAAGAAAAUAAUUUCUUUCUGUUAAUGGCACCCACCCUCAUGGGAUGCCUCACCACAGAGGUUUAUGUUUUUAUUGCUGUAAACGUAGACACUGAGACUGUUUCAGACAAUACAUUAUCUUGUUGUUUCUCCUCUGGAUAACAUUCAGAUUGUUUUGAUGAGCAUCUUUAAUACUUUAUGAAAACAACAAAAAAAAGAUUGUGCCCUGUAAUAGUGCAAAACUGCUUCAGGGGUUAUAUUUUCGGAGGUGCUUUUAAGCCUCACUGUUUCACACUCUGUGGCAGAUCCUGUAGACACUGACUGUCGGUAAUUUCUGUAGAAAACCUCAUCCCAUUUGACAGAUGGCAAAACAGCUGACCCUCCACCAAACAUGACAGCUUACUUUUCUUUCCUUCUUUCUAGAAGAAUUUGAUUUCCUCCUGUGCAGCUUGGCAAGCUGUAUGACAUAGAAACUAUGCAAAUGGCAAAUGAUGGUUUCUUUCACAUUUAAGUAUCUUGGUAGUUUGACAUGGAAAGACUUGCAAAUGCAAUGUCAGAGUUACCUAAGAAUUUUGUACAGUUAAGGCUGUUGGCAGAUGUACUACUGAUAAGUUGAACAUUUCAGGGAUUGCCUUUACCUCAUCUGAUCAGCUGACAUUACAAACGGUGAUGAAUAAUGUCUGUAAGGUGUUCUUUAAAGGGCCAGAGGCCACAGAUGAACAUGUGUUUAUGAAAAAGAAAGCAAUAAAGGAUAGGGUUAUGUCAAUUUAUUUAUCACUG